CUUAACGCUGCGUCUUAAAACGCGGCACUCUUGACGCAAGGGCCCUUACAAAACAGCGAGACGAGUCGCAGCGGUCAAAGACGCCUAUUUAAAACAUCGAAAGACGACGUAAGAACGCGUCCUGUGCGGCAUUUUUACACACAUUCAACGUUAUUAUUUAUAUGUAUAAGAUAAGUCCUUCUUGAUUGGCUAGUUGCCUACCAACGUCUGCCUGCCAACCAAUGAGUGCUGGAGAUGAAGGAUAAGAUGGCCGUUCCUCUGUUCGCCCUGUUGGCAGUGUGUGUGGACGUGAGUGCCGUGAUGUUCAUUGGUGCCAUCCAGCUCUCCCCGUCCUUCAUCAACAACACCUUCAUCAUGCUGUGGGCCGGUGGACUGCUCCGAACAUGUCUCCUCCUCUUCGUCUCCUUCACCAACCCUGGCAGCCCAGCGUGGAUGAGAGGAUUCGAGGGGGUGCAGACAGCUGUAGUUCAUGGUCUUGUCUAUCCAGUGUAUAUCUCCUUCCUCUGGGCUUGUGACAGGCCUAUAGUGGAGCUGGUGUGGGGUUGGCACACCUGUCAAGGGCUCCUGCAGGGUUAUGCGGUGUUGGCUUUGUCUCUGUUGCUGUGGAAACGACAUGUUCCCACUCUCCUCCCGACGGCCAAAAAGGAGAAAACAGAGCAGAAGGCUUCGCUGCAAAGGCUGCUGGGAUACAUGAAGCCUUUCAGUGGACGUUUUGCAGCCGUCUUUUUCUUUGUGGUUAUUUCUUCAUUAGGUGAAAUGGCGAUUCCUCAUUACACCGGGAAAAUGACUGACUGGAUCAUGAAUGAAGAUGAACCCGAGGCUUUUAACCACGCCAUCACUGUCAUGACACUGAUGACCAUUAUGAGCGCUGUGUGUGAGUUUGUGUGUGACCUCAUCUACAACAUCACCAUGAGCCGAAUACACACGUCCAUCCAAGGACUCGUCUUCCAGUCUGUGCUGAAGCAGGAUAUUGGGUUCUUCGAUAAAUCUUCCACAGGGGACAUUGUAUCUCGCAUCACCACCGACACCAACACCAUGAGUGAGUCUCUGAGUGAGAAGCUGAGUCUGCUCAUGUGGUACUUCAUGCGUGUCGUCUUCCUGUUGGGCUCCAUGGUGCUGCUCUCCCGCACGCUGACCUUCUUCACCGUACUCGGCCUCCCCAUCAUCUGGAUUAUCCCAGAAUUUUCUGGCCAGUUUUACCAGAAACUUUCUAAACAAGUGCAAGAAUCUCUCGCCAAGGCCAAUGAUGUUGCCACGGAAACCUUCUCUUCCAUGAAGACAGUGAGGAGCUUUGCAAAUGAGGACGGAGAGACAGAGAGGUACAGGAAGUGCUUAGAGGACACGUAUGCCCUGAACAAAGUGGAAGCCGCUGCUUACGCUGCCUCAACUUGGACCAAUAGUAUGUCGAGUCUGACUUUGAAAGUCAGUAUACUGUACUAUGGAGGGCGGCUUGUGACAGGAAGUGAUGUCAGUAGUGGUGAUCUGGUGUCCUUUGUGCUAUAUGAGCUUCAGUUCACAUCAGCUGUGGAGGUACUGAUGUCAUACUGGCCGCAUGUAAAGAAGGCAGUCGGUGCUUCAGAGAAAAUCUUUGAAUAUGUGGACCGAAAGCCUGAUAUUCCUCCAGAUGGAUCCCUCGCUCCUCAAACUCUCAAAGGACAUGUGCAGUUCAAAAAGAUCACCUUUGCUUAUCCAAAGCGACCGGACACAGAUGUGCUGAAGAACGUUUCUCUUGAGCUGAAGCCAGGCCAGAUCACGGCUCUGGUGGGUCCAUCAGGUUCUGGAAAAAGCACUAUUGUGAGUUUGCUGGAGAGAUUUUAUCAGCCUCAAAGUGGGAAGAUUUUACUGGACCAGAAGCCACUGCUGGAGUACAAGGACCAAUAUCUACAUGAGAAGAUUAGUGUGGUGUCACAGGAGCCGGUUCUGUUUGCUCGGUCAGUGCAGGAAAACAUCAAAUAUGGCAAAGAAAAUGCCUCGGAUGAAGAAAUGCGCGCUGCUGCCAAGCUGGCCAAUGCAGAUGACUUUAUUUUGAAUUUGCCUAAAGGAUAUGACACGGAUGCUGGAGAGAAGGGCGGUCAGGUCUCCGGAGGUCAGAAGCAGCGUAUCGCCAUGUCCACUUCUUCUCAGGUGUACAGCGCUCUGCGGAAGGAGCUGAAGAACUGUACGGUGCUGCUCAUCACUCACAGACUGAGCGGCGUGGAAAACGCAGAUCACAUCAUCUUCCUCCGAGAAGGGGAAGUGGCUGAGGAGGGGAACCAUGAACAACUGCUAGCCAAACAUGGAUUCUAUGAAGAGUUUGUGAAUCAACAGAAUACUUCAAUCCAUCGCAAUACAGGAGACGUUACAAACUCCAGCCAAUGAUCUAGAGCAGCUGCUCUACAAUUAAUCUGAGCUUUCAUGUAAUACCAGCACAAAUCUAUGGAAGCCCGUUUCCGCCACUGAAAAAAAAAAAAAAAAAGGUAAUUG